AUGAAACUGGCGGCGAUGAUCAAGAAGAUGUGUCCCAGCGAGGCCGAGCUGAGCAUCCCCGCUAAGAACUGCUACCGCAUGGUCAUCCUGGGCUCCUCCAAGGUGGGCAAGACCGCCAUCGUCUCGCGCUUCCUCACCGGCCGCUUCGAGGAGCAAUACACGCCCACCAUCGAGGACUUCCACCGCAAGUUCUACAGCAUCCGUGGCGAGGUGUACCAGCUCGACAUCCUGGACACGUCGGGCAACCACCCCUUCCCAGCUAUGCGCCGCCUCUCCAUCCUCACAGGAGAUGUGUUCAUCCUCGUCUUCAGCCUGGACAACCGAGACUCCUUUGAGGAGGUGCAGCGCCUGAAGCAGCAAAUCCUGGAGACCAAGUCGUGCCUGAAGAACAAAACCAAGGAGAACAUAGAGGUGCCCCUGGUCAUCUGCGGCAACAAGGGCGACCGGGACUUUUACCGGGAGGUGCAACCCCGGGAGAUCGAGCAGCUGGUGGGAGGGGACCCCAAAAAAUGUGCCUACUUCGAGAUCUCAGCCAAGAGGAACAGCAGCCUGGACCAGAUGUUCCAGGCGCUCUUCGCCAUGGCCAAGCUACCCAGCGAGAUGAGCCCCGACCUGCACCGCAAGGUCUCGGUCCAGUACUGCGACAUCCUGCACAAGAAGGCACUGAAAGGCAAAAAGCUGCUGAAGGAGGGGGGCCGGGGCGGCACGGAGGAGGCGUACGGCAUCGUGGCCCCCUUCGCCCGGCGGCCCAGCGUGCACAGCGACCUCAUGUACAUCCGAGAGAAAGCCAUCGGCGGCGGGCACGGCAAGGAGAAGGAUCGCUGUGUGAUCAGCUAG